GAACAGAUUCAGGUACGCUGUAUCUAAUACACUUUUUGGAUUUUUGAUUUCCCUGCCUUGAUAUUAGGCUAACACAGGAAUUAGAAAUUAUAGUCUGCAUCUGAGGCCAAGUUGUGCCUAACACGGUAAAGGAAGAUGCCUGUGAAGUUGGUGUUUGGGGGGAAGUUGACCCUGUCUGACCCCAAGGAUUUCCCUGUGGUCAUUGUUGGACAGCUGCCCCACUUGACCAGUAUCUCUUUUGAUGAUGUGAAAAUCAAGCUCUCUCCAAGGGUGGAUAAAGAGACAUUUGAUCAGGCAGUAGGUAACCUGAGGCCCUCACCCACAGACACUUGCCCUCUGUGGCUCAGAAAUGCCACCAUUGCUGCUCUACCAUUAAAAAGCAGCAGACACAACACUCCAUCUCGAGCCCAUUCUCUGUCAAAACUGGUGAAAAGCUGUUUGACUGACCAGGAGGAAUAUGUUGUGAUUGUGUGUGAGAGGAAGGAUGCCUAUGCGUUGGGAUGUGCUGUGGCCAGGAUUCUGCCACUGUACUCAGGCAAGUCUGGGGGUGCCUCCAACUACACCCUGACAGUGGAGUUCCUGUUAGUGGGGGCGGACAAGGAGAUCCCUCUGUCUAAGGACGAUCUUCACUGUAUGUCUGCCUCUGCUCACGGCAUUCGACUCGCUGCAGAAAUCGUAGACAAGCCCUGCUCUCACAUGAAUACAGAUGAUUUUGUCAAGGAGGCCGAGGUCGUAGGCAGAGAACUCCAGAUUACACCUUUCAUAGUUCGUGGAGAGGAACUAAAAGAGAAAGGAUUUGGAGGUAUCUACAAUGUAGGACGGGCCGCCGAGCACCCCCCAGCUCUGAUUGUCCUCAGCCACAGACCGCAGGGUGCCACCAAAAACAUUGCCUGGGUCGGAAAGGGGAUUGUGUUUGACACUGGGGGACUCUGCAUCAAGGCCAGGCAAGGUAUGUGUGGAAUGAAGCGUGAUUGUGGAGGAGCAGCAGGAAUUCUGGGAGCUUUUUACGCUGCCGUUAAACUGGGCUUUACAGAGAAUUUGCAUGCAGUGUUUUGUGUGGCGGAGAAUGCAGUGGGCCCUCUGGCCACACGGACGGACGAUGUUUACACUCACUACUCAGGGAGAACUGUGGAGGUCAACAAUACAGACGCAGAGGGAAGACUUGUGCUGGCUGAUGGGGUUGCUUAUGCAAGAAAAGAUUUGAAAGCUGAUGUGGUGGUUGACAUGGCAACUCUGACCGGUGCUCAAGGAAUAGCAACUGGUAAAUACCAUGGCAGCAUCGUGACCAAUGAUGAGAACAUGGAGCUAUGGUGCGUGAAGGCGGGGCAGAACUCAGCGGACCUGGUCCACCCCAUGCCCUACUCUCCCGAACUCCACUUCAGAGAAUUCAAUAGUGCAAUAGCCGACGCCAAAAACUCUGUAGCAGACAGAAGCAAUGCCCAAGUCUCCUGCGCUGGUCUCUACAUUGCCUCCAACCUCGGCUUCGACUAUCCCGGGGUGUGGCUUCACAUAGAUAUGGCGGCCCCUGUAUACAAUGGAGAACGAGCCACAGGGUAUGGAGUAGCCCUUCUAGCCACUCUGUUCGGUCAGAUGUCCCACAAUUCCCUGCUGAAGUAUGUGGCGCCCCCUGUGUCUAUACAGGAAGCCAUGGAGGUAGAGAACGAGGACUCGUCCAAGAAGAUUCGACGCCACUAGCUGUGAUGUAUUUAUUCCAGGAUCAAAAAAUACAUUAUUUAUUAGAAUGAGUCUGUUGAUUUUUGCUUUAUAUAUUUUCUUUUGCCUUAGAAGUUGUAAUAUGUAGAGAAGUGAAGAAGCAAUUUACUCAGAUAUGUAUCACUCGAACUCUGUUCCUUAGUCACUAAGGUGGCAUUUAAUAGAAUUUAACUCGUUUGAAUAAUCCAAAAUUUGUUUGCUGCUGUUCUGUGAGGCAACUGUUGUCUCAGGUUCAUGUGAAGUAUUUGGAAAGAUUUAAUGUAUGCAAAUUGAACAAUCUUGUGAUUUCAUGGUAUCAAUUAAUAAUUGCCACACAUUUAUAAUUUAAUUGUAAAUGUAGUUCUCAAUAAAAAUAAAGAUGAAAGAAAAUCAAUAUAAA